UUCGUGGGCAUGUGAUAUAGCAUGUUGCAAAAUUUUGUAAUAAAAUGUCUAGAUACUGGUCAUUGGCAUUUAUAACCAUCACAUUGAUUAUCUUUUAUCACCUAUCACAGAGUGGUUGAAAUUCAGAUUCAGACUACUUUAUUGUCCAUUAAAUUUACAUGAAAUGGAAAUUUAUCUUUGGCACUGGCAUAUAAGACAACACACGUCAUACACAACAAUACACAAUAAUUAUAUAUUACACACAAUAAUUAACGAUAUACAUUGAAACUGUGACAAGGCAGGGGGGGUCUUGCAAUUCCAGUGGGUGGAGAGAUUUUGUGCAAAAAUUCAAUAUUAUUUGAUAAGUGAUGUUUUGAAAUCUAUGAAUCCCAGCAGGAGAAGAGAGAAGUAAUAGUCAUUAGUGUGGAUUUACCAGAACCCUACUGAUAUCUAUGGCCAUUUUGUGCUUGCGAGAAGUAAAAAUAUCAUGAAUAUUCUACUCCUUCUCAACCAAGAAGUAUGUGGUUGACCCCACAUUCAGUCCAAUCAUAGUGUUAUUUUGUAUUUUCUGACUUUUUGAAGUGCCUGUAAGGUUUUACCAAACUUUCUGUCUAUUUGAAUUUUCAUUGUGUCUCACUUUCUGUCAGUCAGCUACUGCACACGUUGUCUCAGAGGCCAGUGGAGUCCUGCCGCUGCGGGAAAUUCCACCACAAGGCUUAAUAACAACAUACCAGAUUGUCCCUGCUCCCAAGAAUAGAACAGACAGUGAAUGAAUGGAACAAACCAGUCAAUUCUCUCCAUAUACGUAUAUCCACUAAAUAAUGAUUACACGUCAGACUUUUUCUUGAAUAGGAAGAUUACAGAAGGAACAAUAAACGCCCUCAGCCCAGCCCAUUUGGCUUACUUAAACCCACCCAGACCUUGAACAGCAGUGCACAUUCUUAUACAGUUGCUGGAAAGGGAGGAAAUUCAGCCUGCUCGCCCCUUUCCUGUUGUAGUUUCAAAAGAUAAUCUGGAUGGGGGGGACUGCAUUGCAAUGACAUCACCCAUACCUAAAAUCCAAUGGUUGCAUGAAUGGGGUUUUGUCAAGAAUACAGUCCGCUCGGCUGCACUAAGCUGUGUGUACAUACCAGCUUCAUGCUCUGCUAAGCUAAACGAUCUAUAAUGGAGUUUCGCCUUUAUCUGUGAAAAUUAACGUCUGAUCAAAAGAACUGUAAUCUACUGUAUAUCAGUUGCAUUUGAGUAUUCAGGUACAGAUAUUUGUUAUUGAAAAGUUCGCACUUUGCUCAAAUUCCAUAUAAGAGCUGAUUAAUCUAUAGACUCCAUAACUUAACAGCGCUAUUUAUUUGACUGCUGAGUUUUAAAUAGAGCGACUGUGACACAGCAAAUUUCAGAUGCUGAAUGUGACGAUAAAGCCACAAUAUUGUAUAUCUUAUUGUAAUGUCACCACCAGUGAGGACAUGUUCCAUAUUAUUCAGUUCACUCAUAUUUUAAAGUAGAAUGACAUGUAUGGUUUGACAGUUCCAGAUAUCAUAUUACAACAUUUUAUUGUCACUAUUUUAGUCUGCACAGUACCACAACAUCCAUUUAAAUAAUCUCAGAACAACCUUCUCAGAUAAUGAAAACCAUAUGAGUGUUGACCCUGCUGCUACAGCUUUUACAUUCAUAUUACUAUUCAUACAGUACAGGUGAUGGAUGUAAUCUGGGAAGAAGUGGUGCAAUCAUUUUCAAGGGCUUUGUUGUCUGUUUGUCUUUUUAAUACAAUGCAAUCAAAAGCAUAAUUAGUCUAAAACAAAUAAAAGCAUGUCAGCCGAUCAGUUACUGUAUCAAUUUCCGUGCCUUCCAGAUUAAUUUCCCAACAAAGUUCUACAGAAAAUAGAGUAGUGGACUGUCCAAGUGAUUAAUGCAGUAGAAUGAUGAUUUAAGGCUACGACAAACCUUUGCUUUAACUAAUGUUGUUUAUCCUAAAAUGUACUUGAGUCUGCCCAAGGGGGCUGUUACCAGGCGAAUGCUUGGAUAGCCACUAUGCAGUAUCUUCAAGGGCCUACAAUAAUUAGUUGUAAAUUUUAAACCAGGCUUGAGGCUGCAUGCUGUGUAAGGCAUGAGGCACUUUAAGAGAGGGGUGUCUAUGGGUUACUGCUUACCACUCUGACCCAGAUAAUGAACUCAAAUGUGUCUGCACUUGAGAGUAAAUGGGGGUAAAGACAAUGCUGGUGGGCACUGAAUGCAUAGUAACGUUUAAUAAAAGCACUUUUUCUUUUUUUGGCACUGCGGUACUGCAGACAUUUACAUCACUUUCAUUGGCACUGGUCCUGUUAUGAGAAUCAACACCACACAUAAAGCAAAUAGCAUUGAGGAUAUUAGGCUCAACUUUAUCAUAAUCACCCUGUUCUCUACUGCCAGCCAGACUUUAAAUGUUGGGCAACAGAGAGACUUCGAGGAAGCACCGUCCUCUGAGGUACUUGAAUCAGAUAAGUUUAAAGUCUGAUGAUCGUUUGUACACUAUGAACUGUUUUGGCCUCUCAUUUUUUCUUUUUACAAAGUAUGCAGCUUUGCCUAAGUUUUGGACCACAAAUCUAAAAGAAAUCCCCAUAAAUUCAAUUGAAAAAUGUGUAUGGGAAAAACAACUGUCAAAGUCUUGUGAGCCUUGAAUAUGUAUUACAGGAGGAAAAUGCUUCCAGACUGACUUCAGCAGUCAGCCAAAUUUAGAUCUGAGUGUGUGAGUCUGAUUUCAUAUGGGCCUCAGUAUUAUGAAUGCAUGGGAGGGGAGGGAAACUUAAAUAAAUUUAAUGAUUUAAAUAUCUAGAUGUUUAGAUGAUAAAUGUGCACCCUAAACCCAGCACCAUGAGCUGCAGGUUUAACAUCUAAAAAUCAAGAUCUCCUGCACCCAUGAAACCCACCCCGGCAACAUUACACUAAAUCAGGCAUACAGUGUUUUCAUUUUCUCUGCCCAGCAUCAUGAGUCAGGACACGAUCAUCAUCAGCUGAUCCUAACAUGUGUAUCACUGACAUUUAAACAAUGCUCAUCGCUCUCUUAAAUCAUUUCUGACUAAGAGGCACGGGAGCUGGACAGGCGACAUUUGCUGCAGAUUAGUAUCUGUUGUUUUAGGGUCAGAUGAGCUGUGGCCAUGAGGCCUAUAUGUCUAAUAGCAGCCCUGAAAACAAGCGAUAUGAUGUGUAUAAAAUGACAUAUUGUCCAUUCAGAGUGAAAACAAAAUGACACAUUACUUAUUCAGGGACUAUUUAGAGAGAGAGAGUGCUUAUAGUCAGCUUUUCAAGGACACAUCAUUCAGUGAAAUACAGACAAAUCAAUUCAGCAUCUAUUUACAAUUAAGUGGGAAAUUUAUAAAAAGCGCAGAGAAAAACAAUAGUCUGGUCAUCUAAUAGACAGGGAUACUUUUUCAUGCACGCACGCUAACGCGCGCAUAAACGUCAUGAGCGCGCACGCUUUCAGAGCACCGUAUAUUUCUUCUGAAUUGCACAUUUGAUACCCCAGAAGUUACGCAUAAUGUGUAGCAAGUGGGCGCAAUACAUUUUCCUGAAUCCGGUUCCGGCGUGCCGACGACACCGAUGCCUGCGUGCCCACGGACUGAUCACAGGGCUUUUACCCGAACAGCACUGAAUGGUAGCAGCUGAGAGACGGGUGCGGAGCGAGGGCGGCCAAACCCGGAGGAUUUCUCACGGCUCACGGACUAGAAUGCUCUUCUAUAUGUAUCCCCAUAAACGGAUGACAACCUCCAAACAAACCUACGCUGAAAACUUUCAGCUCUACAUUUGACGCGGGGGUGUUAUUGAGAUUUUUAUAUCAACCAGGUCCAAGAGCAGACAUCAUGCAGGUGCAAACUGUGGGCUAACGUUACUGAAAUGACUUGCUCGGCGCUGACGCGUUUCAUUGUGCCAUGCCAGCCCCGCAUUGUCAGAUGCCAUUUUACUCUGCGUUACCCCAGCGUCUGGACUUCCAACAUACUGGGCCUGUUCUGUAAUUAGAAGUCCGUGAGGCAGUGGCAAACAAGCUGGUGCAAUGAGACGCUACGUUGUCCAAGGCAUUGUGCGCAAUUUGUGCUGAAGCUUAUGGGUCCUGCGUACUCCAGCUCCCGGCUUCCACUUGGAGAGGUGUGCUGCGGGGCUACAGCGCACUGGCUGUCGGCUUCACAUCUGGACCGCCUGGAUACUGUCAUCUGCGGCCUGCUCGGACUGUGCACUCCCUGAACUUGUAUGUUUGAGUGGGGAACUUAUUGAGAUCGCCUCGGAUGGUGUCGUGUUAGGGAAGGGGUGAAUAUUUGACUGGGACUUGACGUUAUCGGUGAUCCACUGGGAACACCGUUGUCCAAAGCUGGACUGGCUGACUACUCAAGGAAAAAACGCUUGUCAAGCUAUGGAUUUUGCGUAGCGAAGUCACGCAUUUUUAAAGGCAACGCUAGGGUGACAUUGCAGUCUUCUCACCACAUCGGUUAUUUCGUCGUCCGACAAAAAAAUAAAAGAGUGAAAGUGGAGUAUUGUCCGUCAUACGCAUCAACGCAGUGGGAUUUCUACGUCUGGUCGGCGUUCCCCCCCACCCUUCCCGCGGUGACGGUUAUGGGUCGGAAGCGGUGUGUCGGUGCAGAUUGUUCCAAGAUGGCGGCCGGGUGCUGCGGGGUGAAGAAGCAGAAACUGUCGGGAUCGCCCGGGUCGGGGGGUCCCGGCGGGGUGGGGGCGGGAAGCGGGGUGGCAGGAACCGGACAUUGUGGAUCGGAGUUGGGGAUUGGCUCCUCCGCGACUGUUGCAGCGGCAGCAGCGGCGGCGAACGCGAGCAGAGCCAACGGCCUGGGGGGACCCGGAGGUAACGUUAGCGGCGGCGGCAGCAGUAGUGGCGGCAGCGGCGGCGGCACAAACGCUCUGUCCCCAGCCCCGGCCGGUUACACUUCAUCCGGCCUCUCCCCGAAUCUCAGCCCGGGACCUGGCUCGGGAAGUGGGGGCAGAAAAAUGGUCGUCUCCGCGGAGAUGUGCUGCUUCUGUUUCGACGUGCUUUAUUGCCAUCUGUACGGAUACCAACCUCCGAGAACACCCAGGUUUACAAACGAUCCCUACCCGCUGUUUGUCACAUGGAAAAUAGGCAGAGACAAGCGGUUGAGGGGUUGUAUAGGUACAUUUUCUGCCAUGAAUCUGCACUCAGGACUCAGGGAGUACACCCUUACCAGUGCCCUUAAAGACAGCCGCUUCCCCCCCAUGACAAGGGAUGAGCUGCCUCGCCUCUUCUGCUCAGUGUCUCUUCUCACCAACUUUGAAGACGUCGGUGAUUACCUUGACUGGGAGGUGGGUGUUCACGGUAUUAGGAUAGAGUUUUUCAAUGAAAAAGGAUCAAAGCGCACCGCCACCUACCUACCAGAGGUUGCAAAGGAGCAAGGUUGGGACCACAUUCAAACCAUAGAUUCCUUAUUACGAAAGGGAGGUUACAAAGCUCCCAUCACAAAUGACUUCAGGAAGACCAUUAAGUUAACCAGGUACCGUAGCGAGAAGAUGACAAUGGGUUAUGCAGAGUACAUUGCCCACCGCCAGCACCAUCACUACCAGAAUGGCAUUGGGCACCCUCUACCACCCUACAACCAUUAUUCCUGACAGCGAGCCGCAUGACCAAUCAUUGGACCUCUCCGCGGACCUUUUCCCAGGAGAGCCUGCCCCCUCCUGGUCUAGCUAUUUCUACUACUGUACCAUUUUAUGAUGAUAGUUUCCGUUGCCAUGCUGGCCGUCUCCCAGACGUUGACAUGGCAACGGGUGGCAACGAAGCAUCAUUUGAUUAUGGGAAGAAAUCCACAUUUUUCGUUUUCUUUGCCUGUGGUUAAGUUUUUGCAGCAUAUGUAUACCUAUAUCUAUAACCCCCUUCAUUCAUAUUUUUGAAAAUUUAACAAAUACUAGAUUUUAUUAAUCUUUUCAGCAAACCUAAUCAGGUGUUUGAUUCUGUGGAUGGAAGGAAGUCUCUUACAGUGGAUUAGUCUUGCGCUUAUAUUGUUUAGGCUUUGCUACAAUUUUACAUUUACUAAGAAAAUUAAUUUUUUUUUUUUCCUCCUUUUCUUUAUCUUACUAUCCAGACAUUAUGUAUACCAUGUAGCAAGGCAACUGCAGUUCUCAAAGGCUGUGUCGUCUCUAUUCUGAUUCCUCUCAAAAAAAAAAAGGUUGACUGUUGAGGUUGUUUUAGCCUUGUAAACUGUAGUGUUGUAGUAGGAACUAUAUAUACUGGGAUCUGUAUACUCCAAAGUAUAGAUUGUAGGAUUGCGAUGCUCUUUGACCAGCAUUUCGCUGGUUUUGUUUAUUGUUUGAGCUCACAAUCGUGUGUGUGUGUGUGUGUGUGUGUAUUUCUGUGUGUGGAUAUAGACAUUGGUCUGCCACAAGAUGAAAACCAGUAAAGUCUAUUAGAAAUUGGAUUUAACCUAAAGAUUCCCCACUGAGAUAUUUUAGAAACCUCCCCCCCCCCCCCCCCCCCCAAGUAUCUGUAGUGUUUGUGGUUGAACCUGUUAACCCUGAACUGCGUUUGUUUGGCUAGAGCUCACAGCGGCGUUCCCUCUUCCUUCCCUUUUUUUUUUUUUUUGGUUAAACUUUUUUCAAAUAUACGGUAACUGCGGAGGAAGCCAUUUUGUCUGAGGAUAAUCACAUCUGUGCAGGUGAUUUGUUGAUUAUGUUUGUAAAGUGGGUCUGAGCUCCCCGUAUUGGAGAAGGGGAGCAGCCGUAACUACAGGUCCCUAGAAAAAAAACAAGUGCAUGCUUUCAAAUGUGUGUUGGUUUCUGAGUUUACUGGCAGGGAGUCACUCGACAGGGACAUGCUAUAACUACUUAAAGCCAUAUUCUCUUUUUAUUCCACACUUUGUAAGAGUGGUCAGUUGUUUGGCUUGAAGUGUUUGCAUUUGGUGCCACUUAACAUGUUGGGGUGUUCAACCUCUGAAUGCAAACUUAGACCAGCCAGCCUCAGGCGAAGGCUGCAUCACUGAAUACUCGUCGAACCCGGCGGUUUCAGCCAUCUGUCUGAUGUCUGGUGUAUAUUGCCUGCGUCUUUGUGGAAUCAUUGUCUUGCCCUUUCGGAUUAUAGCUAACCAUUGUCACUCGUCCACAAAGUAUGAUGUAUUAAAAAUAGUCAUUUUGAAUGAAGACACACCACUUGACGCACAAAGGAAGUGAUGUAAUCAACAUGUUUGUGUCAUUUAGAACUGCAUGUCAUUGUGCUUUUUAGAUUCUGAAACUUGAGUUGCAGUAAUGCAGCUCGUGGAUUUAGCUGUCGAAGCCGUCCCCCUCUAACACUCUGCUGUUCAGUGAGAUCCCGUUUGAUCUGCGUGUCCCCGGCGCAGGAAAUGUUUUGAUAUGUGGUCUGUUUUGUCAGCUGUUUGGCAGUAAGUUAGAGCAGACAGGGACGAAUUAGUCUGAGCGGAAUCUCCGCACGGGGGGCCGGGGGCGGCUUGCAGUUGAGGUCUACAAAUAAAAAAAAUAAAAAAAGCCAGAGCUUUGUAAGGACUUAAGAAGCCAUUUCCCAUCCAAAUAUUACUUGUUGUGAGUCACAUCCACACACACACUAGGUUAGUCGGAUAUACUCUCCGGAAUGUUUUGAACUGUCGAGGAUCAUCACGUGAUCCGCUUGUUUUGGGUUCGGUUUUGCUAACUGGAAUUUUUGAGAGGUUACUUGACCAACAACUUUCUUUGUAACAGCCUUUACUAACUGACAGGUUAUUUUUCUUUAUGCAAAAUGUCAAGGGCUUUUGGCACUCCAUCCACAGUAACCCGAAAUGACCCAGAUUUAAGUUGUGUUGCCUUAAAUGAAUGAUUUAAUAAGUAAUGGACCAGUAGAUGUUGCUCCUGAGUGCUCCUCUGUCCCGUGGUUUGCUCUGUUCCCACUUCCAUCUUCACACCACAGGGUAGGAGAGGACCCCAGAUGGUGUCUUCCUCACUUGAAUGCUAUUGCUAAUACUUUCUUAGACAUAUGGGGGCUCCUGUAUGCCUGCAGUCUCCUGUUUUUGCUCACGUCUUACCCAGCUGCUGCUCCUCAAUAUUUGCUUUUUUUUUUCUUUUUUUUUUAAAGCCUCUUCAUAAACACAUUCUCUUUAAAAUAAUUUGGCGCACUGUGGCGUCGUUUAAACCACGGGGAGACAGUUUCACGCCUCUAGAAAAAUACACUACACACUUCAUGACGUUUCAAAGAGGAGCAGUCAGGCCUUCAUCUCCUGGUCCAUUUAAUACAGCACAACCUGAAUUUCUCUGCUGCAAAACCAAAUUGACCAUGCUCUUUUACAUAUAUGUCUUUGUAUACACAUGCAAUGUAUUUUGUUGCAUGUAUGUAUGAGUAUGAGACCUAUGGUUUUAUCCAUGAUAUGCUUGAUCUAUGGCUUAGACACUCUUAUUAACCGUUAAGAGAUUUAAAAGACAAAUAUGGUGCUAUCGGACCUCAUAUUGGGGUGGUCACAUCUCGUGACUGGUCAUGCGGACUCAUCGAUCAUAUCAUACUUAAAGAUGCUACAUGUAAGAUUUUCUCUUUUUAUUGUAUUGCUGUGAAAUUGGUCAUGACGGCACAUUUUUAAUAUUGAUGGAUGUGACUGUCACCGAUACAUAGUAGCCCCAGCUCUCAUAAUGUCCAGUGUGGGUGAUUUUUUUGGGAUCAGUUCCCUAUGGGAAAAACAGAUACUUUCACAUAUAAUGAAGAAGGACAAGUCCCAGCAGCAAACACGUCAUAGGGGCUAUGGAAUGUACUGUCAGUGGUCGUUACUGCAAUUUAACGGUGAUAUGUUAAGAGAAAAUCCUACAUGUGUUACCUUUACUAUCCUUGAUAUAUGCAGAUCUGUUCAACAGGUGUUUUUUUUGUUUUUCCUACCAGUGCAAGUCAACACCCCUGCAGGUUUGAAAGGACAAGAAGUCACACGUUAACCUCCUUCCCUCGAUUACUCCCCCACACUGUGGCCCAACCUCAUGGCCUAGUUUGUCAAGGUGUGAUGUGUGCGUCGUUCGGUAGGUAGUGGCAGUAGUAGUGAUCGUUGCCUCUCCCGGAAGGUCGGAUGUUGCUUUUUUUUUUUUUUUCUUCAGAGCACAUCCUCCGUUUUCCUCUAGCUGCUGAAUCCGUUUGACCUCUGAAAAGGCAUGGUUUGAUUUGUUGACCAGUAGAAAGGUCCUAAGUCGAAGAUGAGCAUCUCCUAUACUGGGAGUUAAUGUUUUACGUAGAACACGCAGACGAUAGUUCUGUUUCUGUACUGAUGAACUGUUUAAAAGCAUUGAUACCUCAUGGGAUAUUAUGGAACGACAUGUGUAGUUUGUUGUAGCAGAUCGUGUGUUUUGGUUCCAUACCAGGGUUAGAGUUCAGCCUCAGCAUUCCUUGUGUGGUCAUUCUCAUACGUGGUGGAAUGCUCAAGCUCAUGUUACCUUCGUAUGUUCGACUGAACCAAAGAUGCCAGCGGCCAUGCCCAAAUGCUGCUCUUCAGGCCUGGCUUCCUGUCCUUCCAAAAAACACCCCUGCAAUUGACAAAAUGUUCUUUAUGUCUUUUUUUUUUGUGUGUGCGAUUUCUCAACUGUCUUGACUUAUUAAGCAACCCAAUUUUUCAAUGAAUUUUCAUUGAGUCUGUCUCUGAAGCCGUUCAUGGCAUCAAGGAUGGUUUAAAAUGGUUGCAAAUUGUUGUUACUUGUUUUGUUUAUUAUUAUUAUUAUUAUUAGUAUUAGUAUUAUUGCUAUAAUUUACAAAAAUGAAAAUCCCAUGGUGUGCCUCCUAGCUUUAUGGGUUUAUAAAUGUUUUUUUCCCUAAAGACCAGCAGUUAUACUUUGUAUAAAAGAUGGAUUUUUCCUUAUUUUUUAUGCCAUUAAAGAUGAAAAAGCCUGUUUUCUUUACUCUGGACCCAGUAG